CUUUCUCUCAGUCACAGGCUAAACAUUGUUUUACUUUAGAUCACUUUAGAGUCUGUUGGAAAUAUGCCUUUCAAUCUCUGUGGUACAUGGGACAUGCUCAGCAAUGUCAACUUUGAGGGUUACAUGAUUGCUUUAGGAAUCAGCUUGUACACCCGUAAGAUCGCUCUGAGGCUAAAACAUCGUAAAGUGAUCGAGCAGGUGGGAGAUCAGUAUGUCAUCAAGACCCUCAGCACAUUCAGAAAUUACACUUUUUCAUUUAAAGUAAAUGAGGAGUUUCAAGAGUUUACCAAGGGACUGGAUGACAGACACUGCAAGUCACUGGUGCAAUGGGAGGGGAACAAGAUUGAGUGUGUACAAAAGGGCGAGAAAAAAAACAGAGGAUGGGCACACUGGAUUGAGGAUGAUAAACUCCAUUUGGAGUUGUACUGUGAGGAUGAGGUCUGCAAGCAAGUUUUCAAAAGGGUUGUCUGAAGCUCUGAGAGGUUGAGCUGACUUGAAAAGACACACUUUGUUUACACUUCUCAGUCAGAUGAAUAUGGGUAAGGUCUUGGAGCUCCACCCUGUGUGUCAAAACGUAAUCAAUUCCGACCAUUGAGGCAUGCAAACUGAACCUGGAGUGGUACAUUAUUGGAUGCAUUGAGCAUGAAUUGUAUUACCACUAGAGGGCGACAUAAGACCAUCUGCACACAUUGUAUCAAUGGAUGGUCAACACACUGAAAACAUUGGACACCACUUGGUAUCGCGUAUGGAGCAAUGUGCUAGAACUAUUGGCCUGAAUCAUCUAUGCCAGAAUCAUCAUUUGACUAGAAUAAGACAUAUUUAAGGGCCUUGACUUUUUUUUAAAUAGAUGCUUUACUAUUGUUUAAGAUUGUUAUUUUAAGUUUUGUCUAAUUGCAAAGUUUGUAUGAGUUUAAUCACAUCUAAGCUGGGCUGUCAAUCAAUUGUGCAAUAAUAGCAUUAAAUGUAUUAAAUAUGUGUUUUUUUAUUGAAUUGCAGUUGAAUUGUAUUGCUACUAUAAUGUUGGAGUUUAAUCAUAAACAAACCAUAUAAUAAUCUUAUAAAAACAGAUUAUUAUUUUGACCAUA